AGGUAGACGACACACAAGAAGGAAAGCAACGCACCAACAAAGAGAUAUAGCGAGUAGCUAGAGAGAAGCUAAGCUUGCGUUGAGCUACAGGAUGAGGCUGCUCCUGCUGCUCCAGGUCGUGCUGGUCGCGGCGGCGGCGAUGGCUCCGGCGGCGGAGGCGUGGGGCAAGGAGGGGCACUACAUGACCUGCAAGAUCGCCGAUAAUUUCCUGACGGAGGAGGCGGCGACGGCGGUGAAGGGGCUGCUGCCGGCGUGGGCGAACGGGGAGCUGGCGGAGGCGUGCUCGUGGGCGGACUCCCAGCGGUUCCGGUACAAGUGGUCCAGCCCGCUGCACUUCGCCGACACCCCCGGCGACUGCGAGUUCAGCUACGCCAGGGACUGCCACGACACCAAGGGGGAGAAGGACAGGUGCGUGGUCGGGGCGAUCAACAACUACACCGCCGCGCUCAAGGACUCGGAAAGCCCAUAUGAUCCGACGGAGAGCCUCAUGUUCCUGGCCCACUUCGUCGGCGACGUGCACCAGCCGCUCCACUGCGGCCACGCCGACGACCUCGGCGGCAACACCAUCAUCGUCCACUGGUACACCAGGAAGGGCAACCUGCACCACGUGUGGGAUGUGAGCGUCAUCGAGACGGCCAUGAAGGACUUCUACGACAACGACCAGGCCACCAUGAUCGACGCCAUCCAGCGCAACAUCACCGAUGUCUGGUCCAACGAGGAGAAGCAGUGGGAGGCGUGUCGUCUCCGGACAAAGACCUGCGCUGAAACGUACGCCAAGGAGAGCGCGCUGCUGGCCUGCGACGCUUACGAGGGCGUGGAGCAGGACAUCACCCUAGGAGAUGACUACUUCUUCAAGGCGCUGCCGGUCGUCCAGAAGAGGAUUGCCCAGGGAGGCGUGAGGCUCGCCGCAAUCCUCAACCGGAUCUUCAGUGAGAAGAACGGCAGGGUGCAGAGCAGCUGAUACAUCUGAUUACGUAUCAGUAGAAACUAAGGAGGAACAAUAUGUGUGACCCUGUUGCUUCACAAAAAAUUCAAGAUACCACGAUUAGAUGUGUUAUCCAUUCUUCAAAGCGGCUUAGAGUUGCCGCAGUUCUUCAUUCGCGAUACAUGUACCACUACCUACAUGAUGAUGUAUUGACACCAUUGUAUCCUACUCCUAUUAUUCUGGUUUA